GCAAAAUUACUGCAAGUCGUGAUGAUUUCAUCCAUCAGUUAACAUUUACUUGCAUAGCUAUAAGGUUAUGUUGUGUAUAUUUGGAUUUGGUUCCGCGUUUGACAGCUCUGCUUUCCGGUUUCAGUGAAAGUUAAGAUGUGGCUCACAUUAGUUGUUAUCGCCGCGAUAAUUGUUUUAAUACUUUAUUUGGAUACAGUGAAACCGAAUAAAUUUCCUCCCGGCCCGAAAUGGUUGCCAAUACUCGGUUGUGCGUAUGAAAUACAGAGAAUACGCGAAAAAAGUGGUUAUUUAUACAAAUGUAUCCAGAUAUUAACCGAUAUGUAUAGUCCAGACGGCUCCGUUCUGGGUAUUAAAAUCGGAAAAGAUCGGAUCGUUGUAGUAAAUAGCCUUGAAGCAAAUAAGGAAAUGCUUUACAAUGAAGACAUUGAUGGCCGGCCGAAAGGGAUUUUCUAUCAAACAAGGACCUGGGGAGAGAGGAAAGGGGUGCUGCUCACGGAUGGGGAUAUCUGGAAGGAACAAAGGAGAUUUCUUAUAAAGCACUUGAAAGAGUUCGGCUUCGGUAGACGGGGCAUGUCGGAAAUAUCGCAGUCAGAGGCAAGCCACAUUGUUAAAGACGUAUUCAAUGCGAUGGGAGAGAAAGGCAGCACUGAGGCAUAUAUGCAUAACUUCUUUAACACAUAUAUAUUGAAUACAUUGUGGACUAUGAUGGCAGGGAUCCGUUACGAACCUAGCGACCCAGAAAUGAUACUGCUCCAGCAACUUCUAUUUGACUUGUUCUGUACUGUCGACAUGGUUGGAUGCACUUUUAGUCACUUUCCAAUACUCAGCGUGGUAGCCCCAAAAGCUUCUGGUUACAAGAAUUUCAUUAUGACUCAUGAGAGAAUUUGGGAGUUUCUACGGGACGAAAUUAACAGACACAAGGCUCGGUUCGACCCGAACGUUGAAGAUAAAGACUUCAUGGACGUUUAUAUACGAGUGUUGAGGCAAUCAGGGGAGAAAUCGACUUAUUCUGAGGGACAACUUGUAGCUAUGUGCAUGGAUAUGUUUAUGGCCGGCACGGAAACUACGAGUAAGAGCAUGAGCUUCUGUUUUAGCUACUUGGUCCGGAAUCAAGAAGCUCAGAAGAAGGCACAGGAGGAAAUCGACAGGGUUGUCGGGAGGGACCGUGUACCUAGUCUAGAAGAUAAGGCCAACAUGCCAUACAACGAAGCCGUCCUCCAUGAAAGCGUUCGUCACUUCAUGGGAAGAACAUUUGGUGUCCCCCAUCGAGCCCUGAAAGAUACCACUCUCGCCGGAUACAGAAUUCCCAAGGAAACAAUGGUAGUCUCGAACUACACGAAUAUCCUGAUGGACGAAAACCUGUACCCCGACCCUCAUGAAUUCAAGCCAGAGCGUUUUAUAUCGAACGGCAAGAUCUCCUUACCAGACCACUUCUUCCCAUUUGGUCUCGCAAAGCACCGCUGUCUAGGAGACGUUCUGGCGAAGUGCAACAUUUUCCUAUUCAUUACCGCAGUUCUGCAGAGGUUCUCUGUACUUCCCGUGCCCGGGGAACCACUACCGUCCUUGAAGCACGUGGACGGCGCCACGCCAUCUGCCGCCCCUUUCAAGGCACUUAUUGUAAGACGGUAUUAAUAAGUAAACGUUAAAUUAUUGUGUAAUAAAUAUUGUUUAAAGCGAAUUUGUGU